AAUUGUAGCAAUAAUUCACUAUUAACUUCAGGCAAUUAAUAAUAAUAAUAACAAUUACACCUGCAAUUGGGCUUCCGCCCGGUGGCAAGGAGUUCCCACCCCCCAACUACCAUCACUCCUCCCCCCUCUGGAGCCUCCUUCGUAAGUCCUUCCCUCCUCCCAGAUCCAGUGUCCUCCCCUCAAGUUCGUUCCACUCUCGCCCCGUCCUCACAAGGAAUACCUGUCUUCCUCUCUCUGUCCGUCUCCAUUCUCUCUGAAUCUUCCACUCAUGAUCCCUCCUUCCUCGAUACAGCCCUCUGUGCAACCUAGCUCCCAGCUUUCCCCAGCCCCCCUCCCCCCCACGAAUUACCUUAUUCAAUCUCACCAGCCUUUCCACCUUUCUCCUUUCUUGCAGCGUGGCCCACCCCAGCUCCUUCAUCAUCACCGAUGGUCUGUGUGUUUCCCCCAUCCUGCCUUCGCCUUCCCUUCUCCUCCACUAUGCUUCAACAAAGCCUAAUUUUCUAAAAUUGAAUAUAGAAUAUCAUUGAAACCAAUAUGGCGUCUUUCGUUUCCUAUACGAUCGUGGUAUUGAUUGUGAGACUUGUUUCACUGUGUCAGAUGUCCGGAAAAUAUUUACGUUCGUCCAUCUUCGGAUAUGUUUUUAUACAUACAUAUUUAGCUGUCGUGAAUGUAUUGUAAAUUGUUGGUGAGAAAUAUUUAGCUACACAAAAGACACGCAAAAACCAGUAUUUAUUUCCCCCCUGGAAGGUUAGGUUGUUUUAUUUCUAUGUAAUUGUAAUUAAAAUGAAAGGUUGGUUAGGCUUGGUUAUGGAGAUUUAUGAUACUCUUGAUUAAUAAUUGUACAAUUCUCGCAAAUUUUUUAUUUGUUUCGACCUUGAAGUUGUACAAGCAAACGGCAUACUUUGGAUUUGUUUAAAACUGGUCGGAUGUUUUUUUAGUUAUUGAAUCUGAGCGGCCACUUGCAAAGUCAGGAAUGAGUUUUCGUUACUUUGAAGUGACCGGCCAUGCUGCGGUGUACAACAAGUUUCGUCAUUCGCCCCCAGAGCACCUGAUAGCCAAGAUUGUCAACUACGUCAAAGAAAAGGUACCGCCCCCGCUGGGGACAGCCGUCGACGUGGGGUGUGGUGGGGGGCAGAGCACGCUCGUUCUGUCGCCUCACUUCCAGCACGUCGUAGGCGUGGACCCCAGCGCGGCGCAGAUCGAAGCAGCACGCAAGCGCAACACAGCAGCCAACGUUUCUUUCAGGGUGGGCGGGGCGGAGCAGACCGGGCUGGAGGAGCGCUCGGCGCAGCUGGUGGCAGCGUCGCAGGCGUGCCACUGGUUCCACCUGCCGCGCUUCUACGCAGAGGCGGGGCGGGUGCUGGCGCCCAGCGGCGUGCUGGCGAUGUACGGCUACACACUGCCCCUGCCGACGCACCCUGGCGCGCCGUGCCUGGGGGACGUGGUGGAGAAGUACUACAAAGAAGUACUUUGCGACUAUGUCCCACCUGAAAGCAAGAAUGUGUAUCUCGGCCGGUACACAGAUGAAGAGUUUUAUAAAAUACCAUUUAUUGAGGAACCACUUGUUAGAGAUGAGUCCACGUUCGUGGAGUUCCCGGGAAGCGUCGCAGACGUGGUGGGCUACGUCAGCACCUGGUCGGCCUUCCAGAACUAUCGCAAACAGGAGGGAGACAAGAAGAGUUGCGAGAUACUCCAGAGCUUUGAGAAAGAGUUAACUGAUGCAUUAGGUGGACAGAAUGCACCUGAAGAUGUCAGCUUGAAGAUAAGAUAUAAUUACUUCCUCAUAAUGGGUCGAAAGUCAACAAAGAUGUAAACAACAGGGUUCUUAUACACAAGAAAAUGGACAAUGCAAACAUGCAUGCACAUCCACCCAUACACCCACUCCCAAUACCCCUCCACCCACACCCCCACUCCCCUCCUCACUCCUAUACAUCCCAACACCCCUCCACCCACACCCACACCCCCACUCCCCUCCUCCCUCUCCUCCACCCCCCCACUCCACUCCCCUCACAUCCCAAAAUCCACACCCCCAUUCCCCUCCACCCUCUCCUACACAUCCCAAAACCCCUCCACCCACAUCCCAACUCCCGUGGCGGAUACGGGAGCCCAGCUCGAGAGUUGCAAUCUCGCUGGGGUGGCUGUGAAUAACCAAUAGCAGUCCGCGGACCAAUGGCCGGCCUGUGGAGUCGUUAUCACGGCUGUCGGGGAGAAAGGUAGCCUGAAUGUAGCUCGGCGCGCGGCAGAAAGCAGCUUCGUCGGCGAAGGCACCGCAGGGAAGCUCGAUGUGCCCUGGAUGCGAACUGUAGACGAACUGCGGGCUGCAACUUGCGGAGCUGUGGACUGCUGCGCGCGCAACGGAACUGAACAGCAUCAGAAUUCUGAAGGAAGAGAUUGCGGCGCCUUCAAGUUGGGGCCCUGUUGGAGCCAGUGGUAGCCUGGGCAGCGCGACCUUCAACCGACCCGAGAAUUUGGGGGGCAAGAGGGUCCGACUCACAAGAUACUUCAUUCGCCUGAACGACUUACCCCCACCCUGGCUUGAAAGGUCGUUGGCUGUUGACUGGAAGGAUGAAGAUGGCGCAAUGUCAGGCUGCAUUUCGCUCAGAGAGCCAGCAGUUCGAGCCGGUUUACUGGCUCGUCUGCCCACUUCUGUUUUAACUGUGGCUGCCUGGGCAGCUCUGGCUGGGCCGACGAGUGAAGUCGCCCGCCCCUGAGGACGCAUGCGCCCCUGGUUAAUAAUAACCCAGGAGUUCCCAACCUCUAAAUGCCGGCCGCAAGGCCCAAGCACCCAACUCCAGCAUGGUUGAUUUUUCAGCCCCUCCAACUCUUCUUACCUGGACCCUUCUUCCUCUUAUCCAGUAGUUACCUGCUUGCUUAAUGCAUGUUAUUUGAUCCCCGCAUGAACCGGCCCAGGGUUUUCCCUGUGUCUAUGCAGGUUUUACCUGGGUCACAUUAGCUAGCUUUUAAGCUAGGCGACCAAUGGGGCGUCAGUCAUGGCGCCAAUUGCAGCCAUGGCUGGCCAGUAAACCCCAAUAGCACACGAUGCACGUGCCCUACAUGGUUAAAAACCCGCCUGGUAGAGUGUAUAGGCUUCGGCCUGAGACACACUUAGGUCCUCCCCUAACCUGCACCCUCCCCUACACACUUAGAAUUAACUUAGGCUAGGAAAAUAAAAAUAUCCCAACUCCCCUCCACUCCACUCCCCUCCCCUCACAUCCCAAAAUCCACACCCCCAUUCCCCUUCACCCUCUCCUACACAUCCCAAAACCCCUCCACCCACAUCCCAACUCCCCUCCACUCCCCUCACAUCCCAAAAUCCACACCCCCAUUCCCCUCCACCCUCUCCUACACAUCCCAAAACCCCUCCACCCACACUCCCCUCCUCCCUCUCCCACACAUCCCAACUUCCACUCACAUUUCCCUAUACAAUCAAGUUGCAUAACAAACCUAUUUUGAUGUCAAUGCUGAUUUUAAUCAAUUGAAUACUCUAAAUGUACGUAUAUUAUCAACAAAUGGACAUUCUGUUACAAUAUAUAUUUUACAGUAAUGCUGAACAGAUAUAUUUUGUAUGCUUUACACAUGUAAACAAAAAUACACAAAAAAAAAUUCA